AUGUUUAUAUUGUCUGAAAUCUCGGAUUUGGUUCGUAUACCACCACAUACGUUCAAUAUCCCCAUAAAAGAGUGCAUAACGAACGAAUUAAGCAAAAAAUACGCGAACAAAGUGGUGUCUAAUUUAGGACUAGUAGUAGCUGUAUGGGAUAUAUUGGAUAUUAAGGAUGGAUUGUUGAAGCCCGGUGAUGGUGCAGCAUUUGUAGAAACUAAAUUCAGAUGUGUAGUAUGGAAGCCCUUUAUAGGAGAAAUCUUGACUGGCUGGGUUCUGGAAUGCACUUCCGACGGGGUCAAGGUGAAAAUGGAGUUCUUUGAUGAGAUCUUCAUACCCAAGAACUACUUUUUCGAGAACUGUUCAUUCAGACCAGAAGACAAGGCUUGGGUGUGGGCACCGGACGAUGAAACGGAGUUAUUUAUAGAUUUGAACGAAAAGAUUAGAUUCAGAAUAGAAGAAGAGAUAUUCGUAAAUAUAAAACCCAAGUCAAGUGCCGAGGCCGUUGGGCUAGGACAGGAAGACGAAGAGAACAAAAAAGAUAAGAUUCCUCCGUACGCAUUAUUGGCAUCUUGUCAAACAGAUGGUAUGGGGUGUGUUUCAUGGUGGGAUUAA